AUGGUAGCGCGGUACUUUGAGGACGUAUUCAUUAUAAGCGGUCAAGCAGCGCUGGUGGCACAGUAUGGUGACUACUUUACCUACGAUAAUAAUCCCAGGGCAAAAAUAUUCAGGAGAGACCAUGUCAAAGUCACUGACACAGACUCCAUGAUGGCGCUGAUGAGGUACAACGACUACACCCGCGACCCGUUCUCCCGCUGCAACUGCACUCCGCCGUACAACCCAGUGUACGCCGUAUCAUCCCGCUACGACCUGCUUGACCCACACGGAAAAUACGACAUUCCUAAAAUGUACCGACGGCCAGUCGGUGGCAUGGACACGAAGGGGACGGCUCUCGGGACGCGGCAUGGUGAUCCACCACUCUCGGCGCAUCGGCGGACGCACUCCAGAGCCGUUGGGUACACGUCCGCGUCUAGUGACGGGCAGCGGCCUUCGGGAAACUGCCAGCGGCGACACCCCUUGCCGUCCACGUACCACCACCAGGUUUCGAUGACGUCUCUCCUGCGUCAGCACGCCAGCAUAAAACUGACGACGGAAGCAGCUAGGCAAGGUGAAAACAACCGCACUGGUAGCUUCAGCUUGUCUACAGAUGGUCAUGACAGCGUCCUAUUAGCCAGCAAUUAA